GAACGGGGGAGAUGUAUAUAAAAAUGUACGCACAUGGUAAUUGAAAAUUGUGAAGCAGAAAGAGAGAGAGAGGUUGCACUAUCGGUCGGUGAUAACUUUGUAGUCUCUGGAAGGCUGCAGAGCUCUAAAGGGUGCUUAUAUAAUCUUCCCAAGUUCCAUUUCCCCUUCCACCCUCUGCUAUCUAGCUUGCUCAACAAUAUCAAUAUAUAUUCUCAUAUAUCACUUCUGUAAACACAGGGGAUUGAGCAACAAGAAGAUGAAUCAACCGAAAACCAAGCGGAGAGUGGGUAAAUAUGAACUGGGGCGGACGAUAGGUGAGGGUACGUUUGCCAAAGUCAAGUUUGCAAGGGAUUCCGAGACCGGAGAUCCGGUUGCUAUCAAGAUUCUUGACAAAGAUAAAGUCCUCAAGCACAAAAUGGCUGAACAAAUCAAGCGAGAAAUAGCUACAAUGAAGUUAAUAACCCAUCCAAAUGUGGUUCAGCUAUAUGAGGUGAUGGGGAGCAAGACCAAAAUUUUCAUUGUCUUGGAAUUUGUUACCGGCGGAGAGCUGUUUGACAAAAUCGUAAAUCAUGGACGGAUGAGGGAGGACGAUGCAAGGAAAUAUUUCCAGCAACUAAUAAAUGCAGUUGAUUAUUGCCAUAGCAGGGGAGUCUACCACCGCGAUCUGAAGCCAGAGAAUUUGCUCUUGGAUGCUGCUGGGAAACUCAAAGUUUCUGAUUUUGGAUUGAGUGCUCUAUCCCAGCAAAUCCGGGAUGACGGCUUACUCCACACAACCUGUGGAACACCAAAUUAUGUUGCUCCUGAGGUUUUAGAUGAUCGAGGUUAUGAUGGGUCGGCUGCUGACUUGUGGUCGUGUGGAGUCAUACUCUUUGUAUUGCUUGCAGGAUACUUGCCUUUUGAUGAUUCUAAUCUUAUGAACCUAUAUAAGAAGAUAUCUUCUGCUGAAUUUACUUGCCCGCCCUGGAUCUCCUUCAGUGCCAUGAAGUUAAUUACUCGAAUUUUGGACCCUAAUCCUGCAACUCGCAUUACCAUCCCCGAGAUUUUGGAAAACGAGUGGUUUAAGAAAGGCUAUAAACCUCCCAUCUUUUAUGAGAAAGAAGAUGCAAAUGUCGAUGAUGUGGAAGCUGUUUUUAAGGAUGCUCAAGAGCAUCAUGUUACAGAGAAGAAGGAAGAGCAGCCAACUGCCAUGAAUGCAUUUGAGUUAAUUUCUAUGUCAAAAGGCCUCGAUCUCGGAAAUCUCUUUGAUGAAAAGGGAUUCAAGAAGGAAACAAGGUUCACUUCAAAAUGCACAGCCAGUGAGAUAAUCACUAAGAUUGAAGAAGCUGUGAAGCCUCUUGGGUUCGAUGUCAGCAAAAGGAAUUACAAGAUGCGGCUCGAAAACAUAAAAGCAGGAAGAAAGGGGAAUCUUAAUGUUUCGACCGAGGUAUUCCAAGUUGCCCCUUCUCUUCACCUUGUCGAGGUGCGAAAGGCAAAAGGAGACACAUUGGAAUUCCACAAGUUUUACAAGAACCUUUCCACUUGCCUUGAAGAUGUAGUUUGGAGGACCGAAGACGAUAUGCAAGAAGCGAAGUAGAGUUUGUUUGCCACCAUUUGUUUCCAAGUUUUAGGCAUUAUUCUCUUAUGUUCUAUAUUUCUUUUAUUGUCUUUCAUGGGACCUUUUUCUCCCAUGAGAGAAUUAAAUUAGCUAUAGGCAUUGGAAAGCAGAGGGAGGGAUGGCUGUGGGUGUUAAGGAGUUAGCUUGUGAAUGUGAUUGAAAUUGUAUACACAUCUUAAUGUUUAGAUUUGUUCAAUUGAGACACAAAUCCCCACCCCUCAAUGAAAAUAAACAAAAUAAAUGGAAUGCCAAUUA